ACGCAAUCGUACCUAGUCAAUAUCUGAACUCAACAGCAUCCUCGUCCUCGAGGCGUUGGCAACUGCUAGGUUACGUUGCGCACUUUCGCCUGAAAGUGCUCAAAAACUUGUACCUUUGCUUCUUCCUGAGUGAUGGGACUUCCCCUUCCUCCGGACUAGAAGAUGCACGGGGCCAGGUACAGGGUCGUUCAACAUGACGCCUUGCUGUCAACGUGCGGUUGAACCUCCAGGGGCCGACUCGCGGAUACUCUGGCAUCCCAUGAUCCGGACAUUGGCCGCUGACUUCGGGCUUCCUGUUCACCGGUGUCCUGUUUGUGGCUGCCAGCGGCACGCUUACACGGUGAAGAAGGACUGCUGCAGCCUGAGCUGAAUGCGCAUGACGGCCAAUAUAACAAGGUUGGUGAUGCUUGUGUUCAAUAUACGUCUACUACUCACCGCAGAUUUGCAUUGUCAUCGGGUACGCUGACCUCAUUACUGCUACUAUGCCUCGUGAUUCACCCCAAUGCCCGGUUUACUAGUCGUCUCAUGAGUUGUCACGCUACACGAAAUGACCACUUGAGUGGUGACUAGUGAGUUUUUGCACCACGCUCUCCGCGUAGGCAUUGCCUUGAACGGGUAAACCUUCAGGCUCUUAACAACAUUUGUUCUGUGAUGGCCUGAGAUGCCACACCAGGCUGUCAGUGUUAGGUCGCCAUGGGUCCUAAAAGAUCGGGAUACUCUCGCUCGAAUGCCGUCUCAAAGCCGCGAUGGUCAUAUGGUCCGAUAGAGGUAGGACAACACGUUGGCCCCGUGAGUUGUGAAUACCUCAUCACACUUCAAUUUUCACCAUCCAUUUACCUUUGGCUGCAGGCUUUUACCAUUGACCAGGUCCUCAACACCUUGAGGGAUCACAGCCUCCAAGAAGAAGGCUGACCACCAUGUUCAUGUUCAAGAGGGCAUGAUUACCAGAGCUCGACGCCAACGCCUUUGGAAAGAUUGAUGGGAAGGAUUUUAUAAGUCUACCCGCCAUUGGGAUUCCUUUCCCCACUAACGGCUUCGUUAAUGUUUUGGCCAUAUGCAAAUGCCGAUGGCCUGGCUCCCUCCCGGACGAGAACAUUUGCACACUUCUUAUGCCUAUCACGUUUGCCCCUAUGUGCACCCUUGGCACUUUCCUUGUGGACCAGCACUCCAACAGAAGUCCGCUUGAAUCGGUUCACGGCCGGGACCGGUCAAAGUCACUAAAUGCUGCCGGUCUAGCAUGUCAGAUGAAAAGCUAUUCCACGAUGAGUGUCUUAUUACCUUCCGAUGCUAUUCCGAAAAGCUUUCGGCUCAGGAGCCCGGGGGAGCAACUGUUCUGCUUUGGCAGUCAAAGAAAUGUUCGACAAGCAUAGUGGACCAUGCCCGUUCAAUAUCAUGGCAUAAGGGUUGGCGUUGGCCCACCGGGAUGCAUCCGAAAAGGACUUCUUAUCAUCAAUCUCCCGUUCAGGGAACGUUCAAGUGCGUAAUUCUCGCCCUCCCUCCUUACAUGAAAUGGUGCACGAAUGCAGAAAUCUUCCAAAGCGGUGCUCAUUCGCAACGUGUAUGCUAUGCAAGGCUCCGCAGGAAUGGUCGUAUCGGCAAACAAUGGCUUCCGACGGCCAGCCUGAUAGGGUCAUGGAAUAGAGGCCAGCCAAUGAACGAUGGUUCCAUUCAUCGAGCGUCUCGCGUAAUGACCGACAGGCAACCAACAAGGCAACCUUCCACCUUCACGUUGAUCGACAAUUUUGCGCAGAUCGCCUUCAACCAUUACGAUUGUAGAUGCGGUUGCGGCAGAUGCGCAUCGCAAUGUGCUUAACAGUGGAUAUAUUUUAGCGAGCUGGAUUCGCCGUUCACCGUCUCGACAGACAACGACUUACGGGCAUCAACCAGGAUCUGGAAAUUCGAAUGGAGCGUUUCCAAUGCUGGGGAGAGGCCGCUUGUCUCUCCCGAGUGAUCUGUUUAUCUUUUAUUGCCGAUACUAGACCAACUCGACCACGGUGAGACGCAUGUACGGCGCGGUCGUGCACACCCUGAUGAAGUGACACUGAGCAGAAGAUGCGGUCGCGCACUUCCAACAGCACAGCGCAAACCGUUUGAAACAUGCAUUCAUGUGGUGUGGUGAUAGGCUACACACGGUGGACUCCAUUCAGCUCUCAUGCACGCGCUGCACUACAGGAACCAUGUGUACUCACAAUCGCCACUGCAUCGGCCGGGACUGUCGCAUCUGUGCGCCUUCUACUGACGACUCUGAAUCGGCAGGUCAGUGACCCUCAGUCGGAUCACUUCACUUGCAGGUCACGCUCUUUGCAUCUGAUAAGUCUUUCCCUGCCGAAUCCACUAGGAUGCAACGCAGGUAUUCGGUUUUUCUCGUGCUUGACAAAGGAUAAAGUCUCCGUGAACUCACAAGCACGCAAUACCUUCCCUGUUCUUCGGGGGUUCGAACCUCUGUCUACAUCCAGGACGAGGUCAACUCGCUGUUACUCAGUUCUCAGCCAAGACUGCAUGCUGUUGACCCACCUUGCAAGGCAUAUUCCGUAGGUCUAUGUACAGUAUCUACAUACGUACCUUAAGCAUCCUGUCUGAACCGUGCCUUCCACCGGUCUAGCUCGACUUUUGUCGGGGCAGCUAUAAGCCCUGGACAUUGGCAGUAGAAUUGGUGAAAUUUGCCAGAUAGAAGCAAGGAACCCUCUUCGGGGGCCAAGUUUCUGGGGGUUCUUGGCCAAUCUGAAAGACUGUUGCCGACAGCGCAAUUUCCUGUCAUAAUGGCAUUGAACAACUUCCAUGGCAUGUUCCAAUGUCUCCCAAUUCUGUCGAUUCAUUUCACAACUGCUUCCGUCCCCCAUUGAGGAUGAUGUCCCGCCGCGAGCACAUCAAAGCCACCUUCUCCCGUAUCAUUUGAUGCAUGUGUUUACAGGGUAACAUCUUUCCGAACAGGAUGACCUAACAAUUUGGUAUUGAAUCCUCAACCUAUCGCCAGCAACCUUGCCAUUUUUUGCCUGUUCUCCUCAGUCCGAAGGUCCGUGGCCUUAUUGUGAAAGGCCGCAAACGAGACACGUGCAAAUCUCGGUCCCUCAAAGCGCUCGGACACCGAUAACUCUUGGAGUGCUUACAAGUUAAGCUGCUUCCUCGCUGAAUUCAUCUUGCCGCUAGGAUGUUUUUUUAUGACCAAAUCAUGCGCAGGACGUUCUUCCCGCAGGCCGCAGUCGAGAGUCUGCUAACAAUGUCAUGCUAUUGAGUGUAGAAUCCCCAGUCCAUGUCCCGUGUUUGUCAAAGGCAGCCCUUGUUGGAUGUAAAAGGCCACGAUCUGCUUCGUAGGAGCCCGGAGGGCAUGGAAGGAUUCAAGAAUCCAUGUGCAAGACACAUCGUGGUCAGCAUCAUCUAUCACGUCAACACGGGCCUACAUUGAGCUUAGGGUCAUCCCCGCUACCUCCGGCGAGAACGUAAUUCGCGCAGAGUCGGCACAUUGCGUUGACAUCAGGUACCGAUCCUGCUGUGCAACCUAACCAUACCACUAUCAUCAGGGACUGGCUCAAUUCGUGAUUUUGCUGUAAUAACCUUGGAACUUGAACUACCUUAGCCUUGGCCCCCAUUGAAGGGCUGAGGAGCCACUUAGGACGCCCCGCAGAAAGGCAACGGAAAGGGUACUCACCCUACUAGAAUGUAGCACCAUGACACUAGGCAGGCAUACGAGAAAAAGCGGAAGCAGGCAACGAAGAAAAGUCCACGUCCAAUCCAUGCAUGUCGAAAAUCCAACUUCAAAGGCUGAACCCCAGGUGCGCAGGAUCCAACGCCCGAUUUCUUAGGCAGAGCACAUGAAAUAAAAGUGAGGACCUUUUCACUUACUACAUGCCUGUGUUUCCUUCCAUUUGUGGAGCAUGCUGCAUCGUGCAUGGGCCUCGACACCAUGUCUUUUCUUCUGUUUCUAGCUGUUCUUCUUCUAGCUCAAGGCUGUCCCGACCUUGGACAAACAAAAACAGGACAAUCCAGCCCCCCACAAGGAAGCAGGUAGGCAAGCAAGCAGCACAGUCAGCCGGCCAGCCAGCUUCUGGUACUGCGAGCCGUGUUCAAGAAUAUCAACCAGCCGUUCGAGAAGAAAAGUCCCUUCUUCCAGCGAAUCGAUGAAAACUGCCUCGAUCUCUAGAUUCUGAUACGUUGUUACCCGCAAUUUCGCAAAGCAAACGUGUUCUCUCUGUGCGGGACUCGCUUGUUGACACGGGCUCAACUCGAUGGUAACUGGACGGCGGACUGCAGUUAUCGGCCAGGAGUGAGGCACUUGAUCCGGUCUACUGCUUGCUGCCUGAAUCUGAACGACCUGUUAUAUUUGCACAACUUGCAUUUGGACUUGACCACCCUACACCGUGUUCUCCUUGCGAAAAGAAACCAAUGCUUUUACUUCCUG